AUGGAAUCUCUAGAAAAACUUCUUCUAUCUGGUUGCUGCAAAUUGGAGAAGUUUCCAGAGAUUGCAGGAAGUAUGGAUUGUCUACGUGGCAUUUGUUUAUACGGAACUGCUAUUAAAGCACUGCCAAUGUCAAUUGAACUUUUGAGUGGGCUUGAAGAUUUUACUUUGAAACACUGCAAAAAUCUUUCUUUCAACAAUUUGGAAUCCAUCAGUUUUGGAGAUUGUAAGUACCUAAUCAAAACACCAGAUUUCACAUUUGCCCCAAAUCUCAAAGAGGUGAUUCUUGAAGGAUGUAAAAUGUUGGGUGAAAUUCACCCGUCUUUGUUAGUUCACAAAAAGAUUACUUAUUUGUAUAUGACAUUUUGUACAAGUCUUACAACUCUUCCAAACCAGAUGCAUAUGGAAUCUCUAGAAAGACUUGUUCUAUCUUUUUGCUAUAAAUUGGAGAAGUUUCCAGAGAUUGUAGGAAGUAUGGAUUGUCUAUAUAGCAUUUGUUUAAACAAUACUGCUAUUAAGGGACUGCCAAUGUCAAUUGAACUUUUGCGUGGGCUUAAAUAUUUUGAGUUGAAUUACUGCAAAAAUCUUGUGAGUCUUCCGGUCACUAUAAAUGGUUUGAAAUCUCUUACAAAUUUUGACCUUUCUGGAUGCUCCAAACUUGAUAACUUGCCAGAGACUUUGGGGCAAGUUGAAAAGCUAUCGACACUUGAUGUAGGCGGAACUGCGAUAAGACGACCAAUGGCGUCCAUUUUUCUUAUGAAGAAUCUUGUAUGUUUAAAAUUUCGUGGAUGCAAAAGGCCACUAGCAACAUCUUUGUCUUCACUCUUCCUCAAGACUUUUAGAUUGCCCACUUUGUCAGGUUUUGGCAGAUCUUUGUACAGAUUGGUUAUGAGUGACUGCAAUAUGGAGGAAGGAGCGAUUCCAAAUGACUUUUUCUAUAGCUUUCCUUCAUUACGGUUUCUAGGACUACGCAAAAACAAUUUUGUUUCACUACCUGGAAGCAUCAAUAGUCUUUCUAAGCUUCGCUAUCUUUACUUGGACGGUUGUAAGAGACUUCAAUCUCUACCAGAACUUCCAUCCAAGAUAAGACAUAUUAAAGUAGAUGGUUGUGUAGCACUGGAAACAACAUCAAAUACAUUAAGGUUAUGCAAUUCCACGUUGUCAACAUUUUCAUGUGUAAACUGCUUGAAAUUGAUUUGCUACAACAAUCAGGCAUCUUCAAUGCCCAGAGAAUUCCUUAAGGCAAUGUCAAAGCCAACAAACAGACCUUGGUGGCAUUGUCAGUGGAUUAAUGAAUUUCAGAUGGUUAUUCCUGGAAGUGAAAUUCCAGAGUGGUUCCAACAUCAGAGUGAGACUUCUUCAAUUAAAAUAGAAAGGCCUCCAGAUUCUUGUGAUAACAAGAUGGUGGGAUAUGCUGUCUGUUGUGUUUUUUAUGUCCAUGAGCAUCAGCUUACCCCUAGUAAAGGUUAUUACAUUGGCAGCCAUGGGAUUGGCUGCGAACUGACAAAUAUCGAUCCAUUAAAUGAACCUUGGAUUCAGUUUGAAAACAAUUUGGGCAAGGCUGUGUUAGACCAUCUUUGGCUGUUCUAUUUUUGUGCUAGUGCACUCAAUCAAGAUUUUGUUGAGCUUUCAUUUAAAUUACGUGGUCCAGGAUUAAAGGUGAAGAAGUGUGGGAUACAUCCAAUAUAUGAGAAAGAAAUUGAAGAGUUGAAGCCAAGGGCCAAGAAAUGCAGUAGCUCUAGUUUUUGGAAUUCAUAUGAGUUGGAUGAAGAUUUUCUUGGAUCAACGGCGGAUGUUGACUGUGAUGGGGCAGAAGACGCAGAUGAUAUAUAUUUUUCAGCUCAUGAUGAAGAUUGA